CGAAACAAAAGUAGAUACCGUCUCAUCUGUUUUCCUCCCUCUACCUCUCUAGUUCUUAUACAACCCUCUCCAAUCUCCGGUCUCCGCACUCCAAUCUCGGGUCGCCGCUCCCCUCUCCCCGCUUCCCGGUCCCCCCUCUCCGCUUUCUGCUCUUUGUACUGUCGUUUUCGUUCCACUUCUCUUUGGCCUCCUCCUUUACUUCCUUUAGAAAUGGGCGCCGUCAUCGGCGACGCCAAGGAGGUGGAGAAGCUGUACGAGUAUGGUGAGAGGCUCAAUGAAGCAAAGGACAAGGCACAGCAUGUCAGCGACUACGAGGGGAUUUUAAACGCUGUAAAAAGUGGCAGCACAAAGGCCAAGCAACUAGCGGCGCAGCUAAUUCCGAGGUUCUUCAAGUUUUUUCCGGAGCUGGACAAGCAAGCUAUUAGUGCGCAGUUUGAUUUGGUCGAGGAAGAAGAACUUGCUGUGAGAGUACAGGCAAUUCGAGGCCUUCCUCUUCUCUGCAAAGAUAAUCCAGAUCAUGUUUCGAAGAUUGUGGAUGUCCUUGGUCAACUUCUUGCUUGUGAGGAGAAUGUUGAGCGUGAUGCAGUCCAUAAAGCUGUUUUGUCUCUUUUAAGACAGGAUGUUAAUGCAUCUUUAACAGCUUUAUUUAAGCAUGUUGAGAUAGGCAUGGAAAACAUCCGUGAAAAAGUUAUUGCUUUCCUUAAAGAAAAGGUGUUUCCUCUCAAAGCUGAACUGCUGAAGCCUCAAGUUGAGAUGGAAAGACGUGUCACCGAUUUGGUGAAAAAAAGUUUGCAGGAUGUUACAGGUGCAGAAUUUAAAAUGUUUGUGGAUUUCCUUAAAAGUUUUAGCAUAUUUGGGGAUAACGCUCCUCCAGAGCGUAUCCAAGAACUUAUUGAGGUUAUUGAAGGGCAGGCUGAUCUUGAUGCGCAGUUUAAUGUCUCAGAUGUUGACCACAUAGAUAGGAUGAUUUCCUGCAUGUUCAUGGCUUUACCAAUUUUUGUGAGAGGAGCUUCAAGCAGCAGGUUCAUUAAUUAUUUCAACAAACACAUAAUACCUGUUUUUGACAAGCUUCCUGAAGAGAGAAAGCUUGAUUUUCUUAAGAGUCUUGCUGGAAGUUCACCUUACGCAACUGCACAGGAUUCACGUCAGCUUCUUCCAGCAAUUGUUCAGCUGUUAAAGACUUAUAUGCCUCGGAGAAAAAUUGAAGAGACUAAUUUUAGUUAUGUUGAGUGUUUGCUAUACACUUUUCAUCACUUAGCUCAUAAGACGCCAAACUCUACGAACAGUCUCUGCGGUUACAAAAUUGUAACUGGGCAACCCUCAGAUAGGCUCGGAGAGGAUUUUUCAGAUAUUAAUAAAGAUUUCACAGAAAGAUUGAACUCUACUGAGGAAAUUGUGAGAGUUGCUAUGAAGAAACUAACCCAGGGGAUGGCAGAUCACAACAAGGCAAUCUCUGCAGCUAAGACUGAAGAUGAAAAGGCUAAGAUUAAAGCUGAGCAGCAGAAAGCCACCAAUGGGCUCCGGGUUUGCAACAAUAUACUGAUCAUGACACUGCCAUUGCAUGCAAAAUCUCCUUCAUUUAUUGGUGAUAACAAGAUAAACCCGUCAUGGAAGGAACAUAGAAAAGUGACACCAACAGCAACUGCCGGGGUUAAGAGAACUGUUGGUCCUUCUAGUGGUACGGGUUUGGGUAGUCCUGCAAGUAAAAUGGCCCGUGGUGGAGGCAUGCAAAACCAAAUUGUUAACAGAGCAUUGGAAGGUUUAUCUCAUGGUGGGAGAAGCAGUGGAAGAGGAAGGGGUUUUGGAGGCAGAGGACGGGGAAGAGGUUACCGUUAGUCCCUGAAUCACAAAAUUUUUCAACGAGUUCCGUCAAUCCCUAUUGAUAUCCUUCCUCUCCAUAGAGUCUAUUUUUUACUGUGACGAAUUAUGGGGCUUGUUCUCUUGCUCAUCAGUAAAACCAGGUUAUAUAUCCAGUAUCAGCCUAUAAUCAUCAUGUAUGAUGCCAUGCAAUUCCAUCUUUGAGAAAUCAUCAUGUUCUGAAUUUGUAAUAUUCCAACUCUCAUCCUUUUAUUUUGCUUGCUCAUUGUAGUCGAUGAUAGAAGUUAGUUGUGGAAUUAUUACUUUUAAGUGUGGUUAUUAUUGGUAUUUAGUUAACUUUAAUACUUAUGAGCUUGGAAUAGAGGGAAGUAUUAUGGCUCUGUAAGCAGAAGUUAGCAUGAGCAAGCUGAGUUCAACUUGUAUUUGUUGUUUGA